GAGAGGAGGGAGAGAAAGGAAAUGAAGACUUGGAAAAAUGAAGGGAUGGAUAUUUUUUUUGGAGAGAAUGGCAAAUAUUUCCUUAAUUUUUUUAGAAGGAAUAUGAUAUAUCUGGAAUGAAGAUAAGAGCUCUCUUAUGUGAAUUAGGGGAUUUAAACAAACAUUUUUGGGGGAUUGACAAUUAAAGCUUUUAAUGUCAGAAAUUUAUUUUAAGGAAUAAAUUAACAAUUAUUUAAAAAUAUUUUUUAGUAAAAGAGAAAAGAUGGUUGAAACUUUCAGUAAAUUAAAUUUUAAACAUAUCGAAACAAUUAUUUUAAAAGAAGAAAGAAAAAAGGAUUCCUCCUCUAAAUUAGCUUCUAUAAAAAUAAAUUCCCCUCCUCCCCUCCCUGUUCGUCUCCGUUCACAAAGAAAACGACGAAAACCACGAGUUCUUUUUACACAAGAACAAGUUCUACAUUUAGAAGAAUAUUUUGGACAACAAAAAUAUAUAAGUAAUUCAGAAAGAGAUGAAUUGGCCUGUAAACUUAAACUUACUCCCACACAAAUUAAGUGUAAACGAGUUGAGGCUGAUGAACAUUUACAACAAAUAAUUAAUACACAAUUUUCAACAAAUAAUCAAAAUAAAAUUUUUGAAGAAUUGUUCUUUCAACAAUUUCUUAAAAGAAAUUAA